CACCACACCCCAUUCUGGCCGGAGCUCCCCAAGCAGCUCCCCUUCUCUGCGCAAGCGGCUGCAGCUCUUGCCUCCAAGCCGGCCCCCUCCCGCUCCUGAGCCAGAAUCAGGCACCAUGGUGGAGAAGGGGUCUGACAGCUCCUCAGAGAAGAGUGCGGUGCCGGGGACACCGAGCACCCAGAGCCUGGGCAGCCGGAACUUCAUCCGCAACAGCAAGAAGAUGCAGAGCUGGUACAGCAUGCUGAGUCCCACGUACAAACAGCGCAAUGAGGACUUCCGGAAGCUGUUCAGCAGACUCCCCGAGGCCGAGCGCCUGAUUGUGGAUUACUCCUGCGCCCUGCAGCGGGAGAUCCUUCUCCAGGGCCGCCUCUACCUGUCUGAGAACUGGAUCUGUUUCUACAGCAACAUCUUCCGCUGGGAGACCACGAUUUCCAUCCAGUUGAAGGAAGUGACCUGUCUCAAGAAGGAAAAGACGGCCAAGCUCAUCCCCAAUGCCAUUCAGAUCUGCACGGAGAGCGAGAAGCAUUUCUUCACCUCCUUCGGGGCCCGAGACCGCUGCUUCCUCCUUAUCUUCCGCCUCUGGCAGAAUGCGCUGCUUGAGAAGACACUGAGUCCUCGGGAGCUCUGGCACCUGGUCCAUCAGUGCUAUGGCUCAGAGCUGGGCCUCACCAGUGAAGACGAAGAUUAUGUCUGCCCCUUGCAGCUGAACGGUCUUGGGAGCCCCAAAGAGGUGGGAGAUGUGAUCGCGCUCAGUGACAUCACCCCUUCAGGGGCGGCUGACCGGAGCCAGGAGCCAAGCCCCGUGGGUUCAAGGCGUGGCCGGGUCACCCCGAACCUCUCUCGAGCCAGCAGUGAUGCGGACCACGGGGUCGAGGAGGACAAAGAGGAGCAGCCAGCCAGCCAGCUGGAUGCCUCCGCCAGCCAGACGGUGACCCCGGCAGAACCUCCAAGUACUGAGCCGGCGCCAGCAGACGGGCCCGCCUCCCUCGGCCCCUUGGAUCUGCUGUCCCGGGAGGAACUGUUGACAGACACAAGUAACUCAUCUUCGUCCACUGGGGAGGAAGGGGACCUGGCUGCCCUGCUUCCCGACCUCUCCGGCCGGCUCCUCAUCAACUCCGUCUUCCACAUGGGCGCUGAGAGGCUGCAGCAGAUGCUCUUCUCGGACUCACCCUUCCUCCAGGGCUUCCUGCAGCAGUGCAAGUUCACAGACGUGACCCUGAGCCCUUGGAGCAGUGACAGCAAGUGCCACCAGCGCCGAGUCCUGACCUACACCAUUCCCAUCAGCAACCCGCUCGGCCCCAAGACCGCCUCGGUGGUGGAGACGCAGACGCUGUUCCGGCGAGGCCCGCAGGCGGGCGGGUGCGUGGUGGACUCUGAGGUGCUCACCCAGGGAAUCCCGUACCAGGACUACUUCUACACUGCGCACCGCUACUGCAUCCUGGGCCUGGCCCGGAACAAGGCCCGGCUUCGCGUGUCCUCGGAGAUCCGCUACCGAAAGCAGCCGUGGAGUCUGGUGAAGUCUCUCAUCGAGAAGAACUCCUGGAGCGGCAUUGAAGAUUAUUUCCACCACCUGGAGCGGGAAAUCGCCAAGGCAGAGAAGCUGUCCCUGGAGGAAGGAGGGAAGGACGCUCGGGGGCUGCUGUCCGGCCUGCGGAGGCGGAAGCGGCCCCUGAGCUGGAGGGGCCACGGAGAUGGGCCUCAGCACCCGGACCCGGACCCCUGCACCCGGGCCAGCAUGCACACCUCAGGCUCCCUGAGCUCUCGAUUCUCAGAACCAUCCGUGGAUCAGGGCCCCGGGGCAGGCAUCCCCACCGCUCUGGUUCUCAUCAGCGUCAUCCUCGUUGUCCUCAUCGCUCUCAAUGCCCUCCUCUUUUACCGGCUCUGGUCUCUGGAAAGGACUGCCCACACCUUCGAGUCUUGGCACAGCCUGGCACUGGCCAAGGGGAAGUUUCCCCAGACAGCCUCGGAGUGGGCCGAGAUCUUGGCCCUGCAGAAGCAUUUCCAUAGCGUCGAGGUACACAAGUGGCGGCAGAUCCUUCGCGCAUCCGUGGAGCUCCUGGAUGAGAUGAAGUUCUCCUUGGAGAAGCUACAUCAAGGAAUUAGCAUCCCGGAUCCUCCCGUGGACACUCAGCCACAGCCGGAUGACAGCUUUCCUUGAGGACACCUGAUCAAAAAGCCGUACCCCCAAAUGGACAGAAGGACACACGGAACCCUGGCAGCCACUGCUGGCACGGUGCGAACGCCGCCGGGAGGUUCCUGCCUGCCCCUCCCAGCGGCCCCCGCCAAGAGCCACACAGACCUGGGGACCAUAGAACCAAGAUGCACUUUAGGCCUGGGCGUGCAGUCCAGCUGCUGCCGCUGCUCAGCCAGGGAGCUGGCCUGGCUCUCGGCAGGCUCCCCCUCCAACUAACUUAUUUUGCCCAGCUGGGGUUGUGGGGGUUCACCUUUUGGGGUGCACGAGACCCUCAUCUCUGGGUUUAUUGUAUUAUAUUUAUUUGGGGAUAACAACCCCCAAUAAAGGGUUGGAAAUGGCUGUGGCUGCGCCUGUGGGGCCCUGGGAGCAGAUGCGGGCCUCCACUCACCCUGCCGUCCAUGGUCCGGGGCCCUGUCACCUGAUGCCCGCCCUGCCUCAUCCACGUGCAAAGCAGA